AUGGCCAGGGCUCAGCCAGUCCUGUCCCAGAGACAGAGAAAAAAAAAAGAUAAGAACUCAAACCGGCCCCGCUGUUCGCUGCCCCACUCCCGCCUCCCCGCGCACGUUGCAGACCAACGCGCAGCGCACUUCAGUGACCGACUCCCUGCUGAGCGAGCUCACGGCCAGCUGGCCAAGGCCAAGGCCGCUGGGUACAUCGUGGUGCACCUCUCAGCCGACCAGCUGAUGGUCUUCGGGGGCUCCUCGGACCCGUGUGCCCUCUGCAGCCUGCCCAGCAUUGGUAAGAUUGGCGGGUCCCAGAAGCAGGCGUACAGCAAACAGGUCUGCGAGCUGCUCACCAAGCACCUCCAAAUUCCCGGGGACAGAACUGAUAGCAAUCACUACGACACGAAUGCUGCCGAUGUGGGCUCGAAGGGCUCCACCUUUUCCUGGGCUCCUGUCCCCCUCUGCCUUGGACCUCUGGCCCAAACACCAGCGAGGGGAGGAGAGGAAAGGAGAGCCAAUGGGAUGAGAAGUAGUGAGGGCAGAGAGGCAGUGAGUGGUGUGGAGAACAAGCUGGGACUAACAUUGGUGUCCAUGGCCUCCCAACUGGAGAGAAAAGCUGGAAAAGCCCCCCAGCCCAACCCCCCUCCCGUUAGACAGGAGGAACCUAAGGCCCAGGUUCAGAGUAUAGGUUUCAAGGUGAUGGUCAAUGGGAAUGACUUUGUUCUCUACCAAGACUGGAUCCUUCUCCAAGUGAACACCAUCUCCAUCCAGGGCAUAGUGCAAAUGUCCUACAUCAACUUCUAG